AUGGAAGACUCAAGCGAGUUGUUGAAUGAAACUGAUGGAUUUUCCCAAUUUAUUGGAAUUAUAAUUGCUGUUGCGGUAAUAAUAUUCACUCUGGUUUUCUUCACAUUCUGGCAGAGAAGAAAAUCAGCAAAACGGAAUAUUCUUCUUACUGGAUUGUGCGAGGCAGGAAAAACUUAUUUGUUUACUCGAUUUGUUCAAGAUAGAUGUAUUCCGACUUAUACAUCUGCAAGAGAAAAUAUUGGAGAGAUUAAAAUUAAAGAUGUAAACAAAUACAAAACAUCUGCGGUUGGCAUAGUAUUUAUUAUUGACUCUGUCACUAUUAAAAAUGAUAUACGUGAUGUUACUGAAUUUUUGUACAAUUUGCUAUCAGACUCAACAAUCCAAAAGGUACCAUUGUUGAUUCUUUGCAACAAACAAGAGCAAAAGACAGCCAAGUCCAGCUCCGAUAUUAAAUCGCUGUUGGAAAAAGAAAUGGAUCUCGUACGCGUUACUAAAUCUAGUCAACUAGAAGCUACAGACGAUACUUCUGCCUCGUCUUUUAUUGGAAUUCAAGGCAAAGAUUUCAAGUUCGAUCACUUGAACACUGAAAUUCAAUUCGAUGAAUUUUAUUCUAGCAACUUUAAUAAAGAAGCUCUUCAAGAUACAUUCAGAAAAAUUUUUUUGUAA